AUGGUCUUCAAAUUCAUUGAGUAUUUGUUCUUUCAAAGCUCGCUGGACUAUGCGGUGACCUGGUUUGAAGUGUUGAAUCAAGUGGCGAAGAUCGAUCUUUUCAAUACUAGUGAGGUCGUAGUCCGGUGUCAUGAAUUGAGUAUGCGCGGAGGCGAAGGUGAUCUGAUAGAGGAUGCUCUGAUGGACGAAUUGGAUGAAGCUGAGGAGCUGGAAGAGCUUCGAGCUGACCGGGCUCUGAUGGUUGACUGUCGAGCUGAUCUGAUAGAGGAUGCUCUGAUGGAUGAAUCGGAUGAAGCUGAGGCAAUGGAAGAGCUUCGAGCUGACCGGGAUCUGAUGGUUGACUGUCGAGCUGAUCUACGUCGAGCGCUUGAGUUGAUGGAUACGUUUCCCUUAACACUACCACGAACAUGA